AUGGGAAGUAUUGCGUUUGCCAGGUCAAAUGCAAAGGCCGGCAUAAUUUCCUUGGAGGAGCUCGAGUCAGGCCUCCGUGAGGUCGAAAAGGAGUUGGAAGCCGACACCUUUUCCAUUGUUCCCGGCGUCGAGCCCCGCCUAUUCGAUGAAGCCAUUGGAUGCUGUCAAAUUCAUUCGCCCGUCAGUGACUUGCAGAAGCUUGGUGAGGUUAUCAAGAGCGUCAACUGGAAUACUCUAGGGUGUGGUGCCCUUGCGGGCAACCCAUUUGAAAUUGACCGUGACUUGAUCACCAAGGAACUUGGAUUUCACUCCCCAGCUGAGUUUGGCUUCAUCCAUCUUUCGGAUGCUUACUCUACCGGCCUCCCCAGCAACUACAACAAGGGAGUUCUCUCUCAAGAGACGCACAACAUCUCUGGUCAAUGUGCUGCCAAGUCGGACAAGACUGGCAUCCCCAUGGAUGAGAUCUCAUUGAAGCAGCUCAAAGCUAUUGGUGACUGCUUUGAAGAGGAUAUUACAUAG